UACUAUAAAUUAUAUCGGAUCACUUAUUCGUUUUUGGGACAGCCUAGCUAAUACGAGUACCUAAUACUUAGAGGUUUUCUCAACCACGUUUGUUGUGAAGUUAUGCGAAUCCGUGAAGCAAUAUUGAUGGUAAUGACACUUUCAUUACCAAUUUACGUGAUUCGUUCUCUGAUUUUUAAAAUCUAUAACUAUGUCAAUGUAAAGCAUGAUUGCAAAUAAAAUUAAUUAUAACAUGCUCCAUUACAUAACUGUUCGAUUUUUAAGAGUUUUAGAUACUAAGGGUUCCUUGUCAGGCCUACGGAACCCUAAAAAAGGAUGCGGUGCACAUUGCCUUCAACCUGUGAAUUCAACCAAAUUACACUUGGACAAAGAACUGUAUUUUAGGAUUUACUUAAUAGUUAAUGUAAGAGUUAAAUUAGAAUUUAUUGGCUUUAUUAAAUUUGACACUGACACCAGCUUUGAGACACGCGUGACAUGACUAAUCGGUGGACGACCACGUAACGUGCGUAACCGACCGCUUUUAAUAACUCUACAAUUGGAGCGCCCCGGGACCUUGAACUACAAGCCGCACUUUUAACUUGACACUACGAGGGACGGAAGCAGAGAUACGAUCUGAACGCUAAGUAACUGAUUCUAUCAGAAUUAGGGGCUAAUUCAUCAAUCGAGUUUGGAUAAUAAUAGUCACGAGUUUCAAACUUUUUAAAUCACAAUAGGAAAGCUCUUGAAACUCUCACCUGAUGAAAAGUGAUAAUCAAACCAAAAAUAGAAACGUGUUUCACCUCACCUGGAAUCCUCAACCAGAAGGAAAUGACCUUUAAUAGGUUCAACUGCCGAAGCACAACAAUUCUUAUUUGGAUUUAGAAAAAAUAUGUAUCUAGUUAUAGAUUACCUACGGAUUACUUUAUACUGUUUUUUUCCUACAGAACAUAAUGUAACAAUGUGUUAGGUACCUAGGUAUGUUUUUACAACAAAACAAGUGAAUCAACUCUUUUAUUUUUAUCGAUAGAUCUUGGAAUCAUGAGUAAUUUUUUUCCCUCAAGGGGUGAAAAAGGGGUUGAUACUUAAUGUUUUAUGGCGUAAUUUUAUUUCUCUAAAUAAUUAGUAAAAUAGCAAUAAAUAUAAAUUUUUAGUUCUCACUGCCUUUUGGAAUUUACAUUACCUCGAAAAAAAUUAGGAAAUCCGUUCGGUAUGCAGUAGAUCCGUCAUUUCAUGAUGAAUUAUGUAAUAAAAUAAAAAAUUAAAAUGAACACUAAACUACUCAUUGAAACGUUACUAUGCACAAUCUUAAAAACUUCUGCCACGGUUUUAUGUUCAGUAAUCUAAUAUCGUUCAUUGUAUCAUGUGUUUUAUUGCUAAACUACUCACUACUACUGCUUGAUUACGAUUUGUGAGACCGUAAUAUUUCUUACACCCAGAUUAAUCGAUGUGCAUGUAUUGUCUUAAAUUUCAUUCACCGAUUCGUUACCGAGACCUUGAAAGAUUCUGUAAAUGCAUACAUUUCACAAUAGAGUACAGCCUCCGCGAAUUCAAUAGCUUGUAUCACUGCGACUUUAGCCCGUGGCGGUCCACCACCCGCUUCCCUUUACCUCAUAAGUUUACACAACUAAAAAAAAAGAAGAAAAAUUCGGAAUUUAUGAAAAAAAAAACAUUGUGCUAGAAAUACGACUUCAUGAUGUUGUAUUAACUAAUAACGUAUACAAAAUAUUAAUUAAAAUUAUGUUAAAGUUUUGUGCGUGACUGUAUCAUUAGAUUGUUUUAAAACUAAUUAGUGUAAGUUUAGAGUCAAAAGUCUACAAUGGAUUGCAAAAACACAUUAUGUGUUAGAUGGUGGUUGUUGAUAACGACUGUGACCGGUUUGGUGAACGCCCAACAGCCAAACGUCGUUUUUAUAAUGGUGGAUGACAUGGGAUGGAAUGACGUCUCCUUCCACGGGUCGGAUCAAAUAUUGACGCCCAACAUAGACGCCCUGGCGUACCGGGGCGUGAUCUUACAGCAGUACUACAGCGAGGCCGUGUGUACUCCGGCCAGAACCGCCCUGCUCACAGGGAAAUAUCCUAUGAGAUUAGGUAUGCAUGGCCUACCUCUGUACAAUUCAGAGGACCGAGGUAUACCUCUUACGGAGAGACUUCUGCCCUCAUACAUGAAGGAGUUAGGCUACGCCACUCACCUUGUGGGGAAAUGGCAUGUAGGCAUGUCUCGGCCAGAGUUCCUGCCCACAGCGCGAGGGUACGACUCUCACUAUGGUAUGAGAGGCGGCCUGAUUGACUACUAUACUCAUAAUAAUGUAGAGACGUGGCCGAACGGGCGGCUGCUGUAUGGCUUGGACCUCUUCGAUAACGAUAUUCCACAAGAAGAGGAGCAACGGUAUAUUGUUGACGCGUUAACUGACAGAGCUAUUAAGAUAAUAUACAACCACAAUGAAUCCCAACCGUUGUUCCUUCACCUCACGCACAAUGCGCCUCACUCGGGCACCCCCGGCGGAAAGCUGCAGCCUCCUCUCUACUCUGCGGUCAAGAACAGACACAUUGCCCAUACGGAGCGACGGCUUUAUGCAGAGGUGGUCAACAGCAUCGAUCGCAACGUAGGAAGAGUUGUCCGCGCUCUAGGCGAGAAAGGAAUGUUGGACGAUACCAUCAUAAUAUUCGCGUCCGAUAACGGAGCCCCUACAAUUGGCGAAAUGAACAACUGGGGUGUCAACUUGCCUCUCAGAGGAAAGAAAUUCACUCCGUGGGAAGGCGGUGUGAGAGUCCCAGCUUUUAUUUGGCACUCGUCGUUCCGGCCAAGAGUAUGGAACGGGUUAAUGCACAUCACUGAUUGGUUACCGACUCUAACCGCAGCUGCUGGCGGUCAAUUCAACGGUAAAAUUGACGGAAUCAACCAAUGGGACUCUAUCGUACAAGACGGGGAAUCAAGAAGAAGAGAUGUGCUGUUAACUUUAGAAGACAGCGACCUCAACAGAUACGCGUCGUAUAGAGCUGGUGAUUACAAGAUUGUCGUGGGUAAUGUCACUGGACUGAGCAACGGUUAUUACGGAGCCGAGUUCAUGAGAAUAAAAGGCGCUCCUCCAGAUUAUUAUCCAGCACUGAGGUCUUGUGAAGUUGCGAGAAUAUUUGAAGCAAUGGGAAUGCAUCUGGACUUCUAUGAAGUAUUGGCAAUGAGGGGAGCGACUGCUAUAAAGCAGGAGGACAACGUUAGAGAUCCUACUCCUUGUGUACCAACACCAACACGUGGUUGUCUCUUCAACGUUCGACGCGAUCCUACAGAAAGUCAUGACCUCUGGAACAUAGCAAAUAAAAUAGCGGUAUUACUGACUAGCCGACUUCGUGCUCUUUGGGCGAUGCAAAAUAGGAGAGGUCCACCGAAUUUACAAGCGCAAGGCGACCCAGUCAACUUUGACUUCGUGUGGACGCCUUGGCUUAUAAACGGCAGUGACAAUUUAACUAAUGCUACGAGUAAUAAUGUUAAUAGAACUAGCACAGACUUGUUCAGCUCAAGACAGAUGUCUGGAGCAGUGAGCAGUAGAAACUCAACAGUAGCUAACGUUAUUAAUUGUGAUGGAGAGUCAGGACUAAGAAACUUUUUAUGUAUACUUAGAACUGUAUUUUAAUUUAAUGUUUAGUAAUUUCAUAAUUUGUCGCUGUAAACAUUGGGGUUAUUUUGCAAAAAAGUGUCAUAGGGUAAACUACGUUUAUCUAACGUCUACAUUUCUUUGAAGAUAUUAGUUUUUGACUAUGACCUAUAAGGACUAAGAAUCCUGAGUUUGUACAAACGAAGUGUGGCCAACCAACGAGUCACGAAUUGAGUACCGCGCCAAAGCAUCAUAAUAAUACCAUUAUUUAAAAGCAAAACAAACUUAGUUACUUAAAGAUUUAAGUUCUAAAAGGAGUAAUGAAAUAUUUACGAAAAUCUUCAUUGAAUUUAUACCCUGUAUAAUUUGUGGCAGGCCACGGUGUAUGGCGCGUUAAAAACCCGCCAUUUUUAUCAAAUGAAAUCUGGCUGGUGAACAUAGAUAACAGUGUACCUACCAUGAGUUUACGAUAAGUGUGCUCGCUAGC